AUGUCUGACGAAGAACGCGACACGCCUCCGCCCCCAGCGGCGGACCCUGAUCUCGAUAUGGACAACGAGGACAAUGAUAAUUCCGACAACGAAUCCGAACUUAGUGAGGUCGAUGAAGCCGAAUUCGCAGAAUUCGAUCCUACUACCGUUGCUCUCGAAGAUAGACCCUUGGUAGGAAUCGACGAGGACGUUGCGCGAACACUCAAGGCUGGAAAGAGGAAACGCGCAGACAAAGAGGGCGAUGGCAAGAAGCCCAAGGAAGCAAAACGCGACAAGAAGAAGCGAGCUCGUCGCGACGAUGAUGAAGAUCCAGAUGGACAGGUUCUAGACGGGAAGAGAACGAAGAAGCCAAAGAGUGUGCGAUCGGAUAGAGAGAAGGGUGACAAGCCGAGGGAGCGAAGACCACCUACGCCUGAGAAUGAGGAGAAUUUGACUCCGGAUGAGAGACGGCGUAGAGCGCUGGACAAGGCUAUGGAUGCUGCCCUCAAGAAUCCCAACAAGAGAAGACGUAAGAAGGAUGAAGUGGAUCUCGAGGAGGCAUUCGAUGAUGAGAUUGCGGCUUUGAAGAUCAGGAUGGAGCAAGCCUGCGAAGCUGACAACUCUGCUCGUGAACAAGGACAACCUGCACUACAAAAACUUAAGAUGUUGCCCGAGGUGGUAGCCCUGCUCAACCGCAAUACCGUCCAACAUUCGAUUGUUGACCCAGACACCAACUUUCUCCAAUCCGUCAAGUUCUUCCUCGAACCCUUGAAUGACGGCAGUCUUCCAGCAUACAACAUCCAAAGAGAUCUUUUUGCCGCUCUCACUAAGUUACCCAUCGAGAAGGAGGCCUUGCUCAGUAGUGGUAUUGGCAAGGUGGUUCUAUACUACACGAAGAGCAAGAAGCCGGAGAUUGGAAUCAAGAGAACCGCGGAGAGAUUACUUGGAGAAUGGUCACGACCAAUUCUUAAGCGCAGUGACGACUACAAGAAGCGUAAAGUCGUUACUAAGGAGUUUGAUCAUCAAGCUGCUGCACUUGCCCAUCGCCCGUCCGGUACUCAAUCAUCUCAGAUAGCCCCAUCGCAGCGUAUCUCGCUUUCUCAAAAGGAGCUCGAGCGAGAACGUGUUCUUGCACAACCCAACAGGAGCACUCGAGCCAGAGUGGAGAGCGGAAACACCAGUUAUACCAUUGCGCCAAAGAGCACCUUCGAUGCAAGCAAGGGUCUGGAUCCUUCUUCCAGACCUAUCGGUGCUGGAGGUAUGGAAGCCUUCAGAAAGAUGACAGCCAAGCAGGGCAAAAAGCGGUCUUGA